CAAAAAAAAAAUAGAAAUAAAAGAAGGAAGGUAGAGUGGGGGAGAUGGAGAGGAGGAGGGUAAGCAAGGAAGAAGUUGUACAGAAGCUUAAGGACGACGGCGAUUUUGACCGUCUCCGCGUCAAUAUCAUACGCCGCCUCAAAGAUAACGAGGAAUUACGAAACAAGAUGAUAUCACUUGUAAAGACAGCUUUGAAUCGACCUGGUGCUCAAAAUAUGAAACCCAGGCAGCUCUCUGAUGCUAUAUUCGAACAAGUCGGGAGCAAGAUGUUGAGCCAGCUCUCAGAUGGGUUGUGGGGAAUAAUAAGAUCAGAAGACGGGAUGAAGAGCGAGAUCAGAGAAACUGUGCAAUCCGUCUACGCUACGUUAUCAAACACAGGAGGCGUUCAAGAGGGACCCUCCACGAGAGAAGCGGAACGUAACAUCCCAACACCGUUUCCAAAAGGUGAAACCGGUGUUGGUCCAGGGGGUAAACAGAAGCAAGAGGUGAUUCAAGGAGCUGUGAUAGUAAACAAAGGAGAAGCAGCAUGUAGUAGUAGUAGCAACAGAGUUAAUUAUUACACUGACAACAACAGUGAUGAAGAAGAUCCUGAACUCCCUCCUGGUUUUGGCUAAACAUGUACUUUUCUUCUAAUUUUACAUGAUGCUGUUUGUGUAAGAUUAUGGCACUAAAAUCAGAUCUUAUAAUAACAAGAGUUCACGUUGAGAAUAAAAAGUAUUAUGUUCACAAAGUUUCCAGAUGCAUAUAUUUCUGUUGACCUGGAAAAAUCUUUUCUCCCAGACAGCACCUUUGGUCUAUCAACGACUAUUGACGUAUGACAAAGGAAGCAACCAACAUCAGUAAACAACAGGUUUCGUGGUGUAGUUGGUUAUCACGUCAGUCUAACACACUGAAGGUCUCCGGUUCGAACCCGGGCGAAGCCAAAUUCUUUAUAUUUUUUUCUUGGGUCGAUUGACCAAAUGUUGUGGAUUGCUGCCAAUUGUUUGACGGCCCAUGCAAAAAGCUUUGGCUCCCAGUAUACUAAGCCCAUGGGUUGCACAUGGAAACUAAUGGUUCCUAUAAUAGUCUGGCCUACAUACUUGAUUAUUGAAGAAAAAUGUAACAAGUACUUAAAAAUCAUAUAAUCAAGAAUAUGUGGUGAUGUGAGUUACAUAUUCUAGUCCUUAACUAUAACCUCGCAUUUACCUAUAUAAAUCGGCAUUUACUACCUUAUUUUCUCUACUUAAAGAGUGUGAAGAACUUCAGAAUAUAGACAGAUGAAAAAAAAGAGAUCACUAGACUUCAAACAUUUUUGUGUAAUAUCUAUGUCUAUCUAUGGCUUUUAUUUUACUCCAGGAAAAAUAAAAGGAUUAGUUAAAUAUGAUUUUUGUUAUUAUAAACUAGGUAAAGAGUCCGUGCGAUAUCGCAUAAAAAAUAUAUUAUAAUCUAUAAUUUAUAGUUUUAUAUGUCUGAUAAAAAAAUUAAAUCAUAUAAAUAAUUAAAUUUAAUUUUAAUGAUUAAAAUAUGAUUUACAAAGUAUUCAAAUAUAUAUAUAUAUAUAUAUAUAUAUAUUUUAUAAACCUUAAUGUUCCCUUUAAUUUUUUAUCAAAACACAUAUUGCAUACAAUUGCGUCUUCGUCCUUUUUAAGUUUUUUCAUACAUUUUUUACAUGAUAGUUAUCUUCAACCACUUUUUGAACAAAAUGCAAUUUUAUAUGUUGGUAAUUGUUAUUUUGUAUAUUUAUCUACCUGCUUUAUUUAUUGAAAAUGAAUAUUCAGAAAAUUGAAUAUUGUAAUAAAUAUAUGUUGAUUUACGUUAAUAUGACCCGUCUCAUUUAUAAUAUUUUUUUUUUAAUUUUGGGAGAGUUCUUAUAAAAUACCAACACUUAUUAUAUAAACUAACACAUUACUUAAAUAAAACUAAUAUUUUUUAAAGCAAUCCCACUUUGAGAUGAAAAGACACCUUGUUUAGAUGAAAAGUUGCAACUUUGACAUUAUUUUUUCACCAUUUUAUUAUUAGUAGAUUAGUGAAAAUUUGAUUUGAAAAAUGCAUGAGAGAGACUAUUUAUAGAUUUUUUAAAAGCUUAUUUGAAUAGUCACAACCCUUCAAUAUGAAUAGUCGUAUUCUUCUAAUACUCACAACUUCUCACUUUUUAAAAGAUACUAGUGAAUAGUCAUAACUUUUAGACUAUUUUUAGAAGGACACAACCUUACAACAUAUAACUUUUAGAAAAGACACAACCCUCUACACAUAUUUUUCAAAAGACACAACCUUUCAACAUAAUUGAAGUUCACAACCUUAAGAAUUAAUUGGAAAAGACACAACCUUACAGCAUAGAAUUUUUAGAAAAGACACAACCCUUUACACUACUUUUUCAAAAGACACGACCUUUCAACAUAAGUGGAUUCACAACCUUAGAAAUUAAUUGGAAAAGACACAACCUUCCAAUAUAGAACUUUUAGAAAAGAUACAACUCUUUACACUUUUUUUUCAAAAGACACAAUUUUUCAACAUAAGUGGACUCACAACCUUGACCAAGUCUUAGUUAAAUUUAAAUCUAUGACAUCAUCAGUUACUAUUCCAAACGAUGUAUCUUUACGUUUUAUUUUGGAAAGACGCAACGCUUCUCAAGAGAUGCAACGUUUUCAAAAUAAAUAUUUUUAACAAGUUUAUAUAUUGUUUCUUUAUCGCUUUUUUCGUCAUCAUCAUUUUUAACAAGUUUACCUUCUCAUCAAAGACAUUAUUACAACUUUUUCAAAAUACACAACUUUUCAACAUAAGUGGAUUCACAAUCUUAAAAAUUAAUUGGAGAAGACACAACCUUCCAACAUAGAAUUUUUAGAAAAGACACAACCCUUUACACUUUUUUUUCAAAAGACACAAUCUUUCAACAUAAGUGGACUCACAACUUUUGGAAUUAAUUGGGAUUGUUAUUAUUAGUAGAUAUAUACGUAGGCAUCUAUCAUUCUAAGUUUCUUACGAAGCGAUGUGGCGUAAUCAUUAAUCAUCCAUCCAUUAGAUUUUGUCUCAAGGCAAUUUAGGAAACGAGACAUAUUUCGUUAUCCAUGCAAAUAUGUAAAUGCAAAAGAGUCAGAUAAAAGUUUGGUGGUCCUUCUAAGUAAAGAUAACUUCUUCGUAUAGUCGUAUUACGCACACUCGUACAUAAGCAUUAUUACUAAACACCUUGACUAUAUAUACAUAUCACUGAGAAAAUAUAUCUGCGUGUUCAUCGAUAAUUGUUUUUAAAGUGUCCGCUGCGAAAACUUAUGUCUUCCAUGUAUUAUAUCUAUCUAUGGGCCGAUAUGAUAACAAGAAAAUGAUUCUAGCGAUAGAAACUAUACAUAUCUUAGAAUAUGAUUAGUGGAGGUUUCUUGCACUCAAUUCUCAUGAUAAAAUAAUAGAAAAAAAUGGAAAAAGCAAAAAAAUAGAGAAGAAAGUGAAGUGAGAAGAGAGACAAUUCGUUAUAAAGAACCGUUUGCCUUUGAAUUCUACACUUCUCAACAACUAAUCAAAUUAUAUUUUAUUUAAAAUUUAUUUAUUUAAAUAAUUUAUAUUGUUAUUAUAUAUCUAUAUUAUUAAAAACGAAGAAAUCCUAAAAAAUCUACUUAAACAAGGUUGUUAGACUAUUUCAUUAUACUUAACUAUUUAUCUGGUCUUACCUUAUAUUUUUCUAACUAUAUAAAUAUUUUCAUAAUUUAAAUGAAUUCAUUUAUUAUUCUCUCAUAAUUUAUUAUAUAAUUACUCUAACAAUAAAUCUCCAUAAAUAUAUCUAUACUAUUAAAAUGGAAGGAGUCCUAAAAAAUCUAAUUAAACAAGGUUGUUGGACCAUUUCAUUAGACUUAACUAUUUAUUUAGUAUCACCUUGUAUUUCUCUAACUAUAUAAAUAUUUUACAUAAUUUAAAUGAACUAAUUUACUAUUCUUCCAUAAUCUAUUAUAUAAUUACUCUAACAAUAAAUCUCCAUGAAUAUAUGACAGAUUAUUUAAAUAUAUUUACACAUGACGUGAUUAUUAUCACGUAUAGUUUCAUUAUUAGUAUAAAUAUUUUUAAUGGUUUAGUUAUGUUUAAUAGGUAUAUAAUUUGUAUUUUAAAAAUUUAAGUACUCAUUUGGUCUUUAGUUCGAUUUCUAUUUUUCGGUUCCAAAAAAUAUAUGAUAUGCUCGGUUAUUUAUGAAAUUCAGCUUAAUUUUGGAGAGUUUUUUUUAGUUUGGUAUGGUUCAGUGCAUCCGAUAAAUAUAUUCAAACCUAUACAUUAUCUAAUAAAGAAAUUAUAUAAAAAUAAUUUAUUUAGUUUUAAAAAUAAAUCUGUACUUUCUAGCACGGGUAAAAAUUUAGUUGAAGUAUUAAAGGAGAUAGACUUGAUCAAAUCACUGCGGAUGCUCUUAGAUCUUACUUAGAACUGACGCAUAUAACUUCAGAUCAUAUCGUAUGAUAGAACUGACGCAUAUAACUUCAGAUCAUAUCGUAUGAUACAAAGACAAAACAAUAUAGUUUUCUUUCGUCAAAAAAAACAAUAUAAUUCUUUUUUUGUUUAUUCAUUUUCAAAGUGGGACAUUUCUCCUUUUUGUUGUCAACCGACAAUUUUUCAUUUUGUAAAUUAAUUAAGGCACUUAAUCAAUAGAAUACCCUCUUUUGUUUUUCUUUUUGACAAAGAUUGGUCCAAUUUGUUAGUAUUUCCUUCUUUAUUUGUUUAUAAAGGAAACGUGAUGUAUAAUGUAUUUGUAAUUUACAAAGCCAUCUUACAAAGCUAUUACCUUGGAUAUUAGCAAUCGCAUACAUCAUACAUGAUCUGGAAAUAUGAGAAAGUGAUGAACCCCAAAAAAACAUACUAACCUGCUAACGAAUAGAAUGCAAUACAAAAAAACAUUUUACCGAAAGCAACACUAAAUUUUGCAUUAUGCUGGCCAAGACUACUUUUCUAGAACGAUAUACUUUAAAAAAUGUAUUUGUAUUUCUUACCAUAAUUGGUAUUCGACUUUUGGUGACUGGAAUAGUAACUGGAUAAACUAGAAGAUAUCAUGUGGCAGUGGCAGAUGUCAUAAUGCUCAUAUCAGAUCACACAUUAAUAGUCAUUUGAAUGACAAACUCAAUGCGUGAUUAAUGCUGACGUAGUGAUGUGAAGGAAAACUCGCGUUAUUAUUUCACAGAUCUGAUUUGUUUUUGGUAUAUGUGACAACCUCUUUUUUUGUUAAACGUUUAUGUCCCAACCUUUAUUAAAUCGUACUAUGGUCAAGUGUAAAUUAUAUUUUAAUGCAUGUUUAAAAAUCUAAACAUAUACAUAUAUAGAUAUAAUAAGCACGUUGACCAUAACUUAUUUAUACAAUAUAGCAUAAGAUGAUUGAUUCAGUCAGUUCACGGUCAAAAUGUAUAAACACAAUAUGAUCAAGCUGUAAAGAGAAACAUAUUAUGUAAUACAU